UGCUCAGAGGUUCCCUGUUGAGACAGAAAUGAACCUGCCGUCCAAAGAGGAGUGCGAGGGGUGGGACCAGUCACAAGUAGCCGUCUUUAUGUGCAAGAACAAGAUGCCAGAAUGUGCUACCACCAUUAACAGACUGAAAAUGAAUGGGCAAAGAUUUCUGAAUUUGUCUAACAGCGACCUGAGCAAGUUCAGUCUCAUCCACCAACCGCAGCUUCAGAAGAUCGUUCAGGACAUCAAGAAAAAUGACGGCAGCUUACUGAAUAAACUAAAAAGACUGAAAAGCAAACCGGUGCCAAAAGUACCUGCGAGAGAUUACAGACAUGACGACAGGGAGUGUGAUGACUUUUCUGACCCUGAUUAUGAUAAUGACACGUAUGAGGAUCCAUGUCAGGACCAUGAUGACAGCUACGAGCCUCCUCCCAGCCACAAAGUCUUCAACACAGCUUCUUCAGCUUCUUUCCCUAGGGGGGAAUAUCUUGACAGCUGCCGUAACCGUCCCAACAGGCCACCCAGGAAGCCCUUCCGCCCAGGCAAAGCCUCCAAACAACUGCCCCCUGAACCCACCGAUGUGGGGAGUGAUGAAGAAGACUACAUCAGUCCAGAUGGCGGUAAUGAUGAUGACAACUACGUUGAACCUUCAGAGAAUCCACCUCCUAAUCCUAUAAUGCAUGGUGGACACAGACCAGGGAGGGACCGUCCCAUUAUACGUACACCUUUACCAGAGCGCCCACCCAGUCCUGAUUUUUAUGAAGUUCCUGACAAAGAGGAAAACUCUUCAACUCAUCCAGCAAACAGACUGUGUCCAAUCCCCACGCCUCAAUCACAUUCUUUACCACCAAAACCCAGCCCCAGAAUGAAUGUGAGGAGAUCUCCCAUUCCUGUCCAAGAGCCCACAGGCAGUGAUGAAUAUGAAGUGUGUGAUCCAGAAGAUAUUUGCAGUGAUAAAUCUUCAGAGGGACCUCCCCGACUCCUACCUAAACCUCUGCCUAGAGAAAGGUCACCAAAACCACCUGCACGGCCGAGGCCAGACUUCAAACUGAGAGAAUUUGAAAGUCGAUCGCUGCCUGUGAUUCAAACUCAGCAGAAACCUCCACCAAAAGCAUUCACGCUAGACCUGAAGCGACCCAAGAUUCCUAUUCCACAGUUUAUGUCCUCCGGACAAGCUGACAGGAAAAGUGCUUCUAUUGAAAAUUGGUCAACAGAUCAAGAUAAGGACUCAGACCUCUAUAAGAAACCGUGGUAUGCUGGUUCAUGUGACCGCAAGACUGCAGAUGAAGUCUUGUUUUGCUCGAAUAAAGACGGCGCGUUUAUGGUGAGGAAGAGCUCCGGUCAGGACUCUCAGCAGCCCUACACAUUAGUGGUGUUUUAUAAGGGCAGAGUGUACAACAUCCCCAUCCGCUUUAUACAGACGACUCAGCAGUACGCACUAGGGAGAGAGAAGAAAGGAGAGGAGUAUUUCAGCAGCAUCUCCCACAUCAUUGAUAACCACCAGAGGAACCCUCUAGUGCUGAUUGACAGCCAGAGUAACACCAAGGACGCCGCCAAGCUGUGCUACCCCCUGAAGCCCUAGAUGAGCCUGAAUGAUAGAGUACAGAGAACAGCUGAUUGUCUGGACUGGUGCGCCUCGUCCCGCUGUGUUCACAGAACUCAUUAUCUGACACUUUCUCUUCUAAUCUUUGUUAAUCUGAGGUGCUGUCAGCAGGAUCGGAUACUGGACUAGUCUGCAGUGCUGGCCAUGCAGAGCUAAAGCAGCACUGACUCAGAAGACUUUUUCACUAAAUGUUUUUAUAAAGAUGUUUUUAAUAAAUGCUCAGGCAAUAAACUGCUGAUUCAUAUUAA